GGCAGGGUUGCCUCCAGCACAGGCUGCUUGCCUGAGUUACAUCCACAAAUGCCUCGGAAGCAGCAGGCUAACUGCAUACUUCUCCUCACAUUCCUGGGUCUGUCUGGGCUGGUUGGCGCAGUUACCAGAACAUACCACAUUGGGAUUGUGGAAGAGUACUGGAACUAUGUACCCCAAGGAAAGAACGUUAUUACUGGGAAAAGUUUCACAGAAGACAAACUUGCAACCUUAUUUCUCGAAAGAGGGCCCAACAGGAUAGGCAGUCUUUACAAAAAGGCUGUUUACAGACACUACACAGAUGAGACCUACUCCACGGAGAUCCCCAAACCUCCCUGGCUUGGAUUCCUGGGCCCCAUCUUGAGGGCUGAAGUGGGUGAUGUGAUCGUCAUCCAUUUAAAGAACUUUGCCUCCCGCCCUUACUCUCUGCACCCACAUGGAGUCUUCUACAACAAAGAUUCAGAAGGAGCCCUCUACCCAGAUGGAACGUCUGGAAGGAACAAGAAUGAUGACAUGGUUCCUCCUGGCAAAAACUACACCUACGUCUGGCCAGUGAGAGAAGAAUAUGCCCCUGCUCCUGCAGAUGCCAACUGCCUGACCUGGGUGUACCAUUCGCACAUUGACGCCCCUAAGGACAUCUGCUCUGGGCUAAUUGGCCCACUGUUGGUAUGCAAAGAAGGUAUGCUGAAUACAUAUUCAGGGACAAGGACUGAUGUAGACCGAGAAUUUGUUAUAAUGUUUACUCUGGUGGAUGAGAAUCAAAGCUGGUACCUCGAUGAAAAUAUCAGACAUUUCUGCACUGACCCUGAUUCAGUUGACAAAGAAGACGCUGUCUUCCAGAGAAGUAACAAAAUGCAUGCCCUCAAUGGAUACCUCUUUGGAAACUUCCCUGAGCCUGAAAUGUGUGUUGGUGAAUCGGUGUCCUGGCACCUGUUUGGGAUGGGGAAUGAGAUAGACAUCCAUUCCAUCUAUUUCUAUGGUAACACCUUCAUCAGCAGAGGGCACCGGACUGAUGUUGUCAACCUGUUCCCAGCCACCUUUCUGACAACAGAAAUGAUAGUUGAGAAUCCUGGGAAGUGGAUGAUAACCUGCCAAGUCAGUGAUCACCUACAAGCUGGUAUGCUGGGGCAAUACAAUGUUGGGAAUUGCAAAAGUGGUAUUUCUCACCCCAAGAUGAAAGGGAAACAGAGGCACUACUUUAUAGCAGCUGAAAAAAUUCUCUGGGAUUAUGGUCCUCAAGGCUAUAACAAAUUCAAUGGUCUUCCCCUAAAUACCUCCGGCAGUGACUCUGAACUCUACUUCACACAAAGGAACAACAGAAUAGGAGGAAAAUAUUGGAAGGCUCAGUAUGUGGAAUAUGUUGAUGCAACUUUUACUCAAAGAAAGAGACUCUCUGAGGCAGAAGCCCAUCUUGGAAUUCUUGGUCCAGUCAUCAGGGCAGAGGUGGGCGAUACCCUGUUGGUGACCUUUGCUAACAAAGCUGACAAAGUCUACAGUAUUUUGCCCCAUGGUGUGAUCUAUGACAAGGCCUCUGAUGCAGCCCCAAACGUCGAUGGAUUCCUGAAGCCAGGGGCACAUGUUAAGCCAGGUGAAAGCUUCACAUACAGGUGGAUGGUGCCUGAAAGCGUGAGCCCAGCAGCUGGUGACCCCCCCUGUCUGACUUAUCUUUACUUCUCAGCGGUUGAGCCAAUCAAGGAUACCAGCUCUGGCCUCGUAGGGCCUUUGCUAGUCUGUAAAAAGGGCGCUCUCAAUGCUGAUGGGACACAGAAAGGAAUAGACAAGGAAUUUUACCUGCUGUUCACAGUCUUCGAUGAGAAUCUGAGCAGGUAUCUUGAUGAAAACAUUCAGAAGUUUACCUGGCGUCCCUUCAGUGUUGACAAAAAAGACAAAGAGUUUGUGAAGUCCAACCAAAUGCAUGCUAUUAAUGGCUACAUGUAUGGCAACCAGCCAGGCCUAACCAUGUGCAAAAAGGAUAGAGUUUCCUGGCAUAUGAUUGGAAUGGGCACUGACACCGACAUGCAUGGAGUUUAUUUUCAAGGGAACACCAUCCACCUACGAGGGACUCACCGUGACACGCUGGCCCUGUUUCCCCACAUCUCCACAACGGCUUUCAUGCAGCCGGACCAUGCAGGUAUUUUCAGGCUGUUUUGUUCCACGUUGCACCACUUCGCCAGAGGCAUGAAUCAGAUAUACGAGGUCAACAGCUGUGGCAACAAGGACCCUUCUGAGCAGCCGUACGGGAUGAUAAGAACCUUUUACAUCGCCGCUGAAGAGGUAGAAUGGGAUUAUGCCCCUAACAAAAACUGGGAGUUCGAAAAGCAGCACUUGGACGCAGGAGGGGAAAGACACGGAGAUAUAUUUAUGAACCACACUGAAAACUGGAUUGGCUCUCAGUACAAGAAGGUGGUUUACAGGGAGUACACCAACGGAGAAUUUGUGGAGAUCAAAGCCCGACCACCGCGAGAGGAGCACUUAGGCCUGCUGGGCCCAAUGAUUCAUGCUGAGGUGGGCGACUCCAUCCUGAUCGUGUUUAAGAACAAAGCCAGGCAACCCUUCUCCAUCUUAGCCCAGGGUGUGGAGAUCAUGGAUAGUGGGAAGCAACUCCAAGUGCCCAUCACAAAGCCAGGAGAAAUAAGAACUUACAGAUGGAAUGUCCCUAAAAGAUCCGGUCCAGGGCCAUCUGACCCAAAUUGUAUUCCAUGGGUUUACUAUUCAACAGUAAACUUUGUGAAGGAUACGUAUAGUGGUUUGAUGGGUCCUCUGAUUACAUGCAGAGAAGGAGUGUUGAAUGAAAAGGGAAGAAGAAGUGAUGUUGACUACGAAUUUGUUCUCUUGUUUUUGAUAUUUAAUGAGAAUGAAUCUUGGUAUCUGGAUGACAAUAUUAAGAAGUAUCUCAAUAAAGAUCCACGAGAUUUUAAGCGUACUGACGAUUUUGAAGAGAGCAACAAAAUGCAUGCUAUUAAUGGAAAGAUUUUUGGGAAUCUUCAUGGCCUCAUCAUGAAUGAAGGUACAAUGACAAACUGGUACUUGAUAGGAAUGGGAAGUGAAGUGGACAUACAUACCAUCCAUUAUCAUGCUGAGAGCUUUCUUUUCAAAAUAGAUAAAUCGUACCGAGAAGACGUGUAUGAUCUCUUUCCCGGGACAUUCCAAACCAUCGAACUGUUUGCAGAUCACCCAGGGACAUGGCUAUUACAUUGUCACGUGUCUGACCACAUCCAUGCUGGCAUGGAGACAACCUAUACGGUCCUUCGGAACAUAGAUAACCGGAUUCCUUACUCCACCAAGUCUCCUGGAGGAGCAUCACAGCCGGCCACGGUGCCCUCCAAUGAAGAAUCUGGCAAGGAGCAGCUCUAUUUCUUUGGCAAGAAUCUGGGUCCUAGAGGAGCCAAAGCAGCCUUGGUCAUCCUUUUCAUCAUUGGACUCCUCCUCCUGAUCUCCACGGUGAUUCUCUCCCUCAGACUGCACUCUGCAAGGAUGCGGGCAGCAUACCGGGAAGUCCAGUCCUGCGCGCUCCCCACGGAUGCUCUGUGAACGGCCUGGUCUUCCUCACCAGGGAAACUGGACAAGACAUCGUUCACCGAGGAAGGCUCACACUGUAUCCUGGACCAGGCUCUGAUGCUCUGGGACACAAUCAAAUCGAUUUGCUUUUAUUUAUUUAUUUUUAAAUGGGCUGUGAAUAAUUCUCAGGUAUAAAAUACAGAAAGAGGAGAACGGGCGUGACUGAGAAAACAGGCUCAGUCUGUUCUCUGAAUGAAUUCGCUGAAGUGGGGAGAACCUCUGAAGGAUGCCUUUAGUUUCCAUCUUUCGUAAUUCUUAGAUUAGACAGUGCUUCCUUAGCCAACCAUUUCUAGAUGGUUUCUAGAUGGACACCUUUGGGAAAGAGUUUAUACUGCCUCAGACAUCUAACGGCACUAAGUUUUCAGCACUGUUAUGUAAAAUGCUUCCCUUAGUUAUUCCAGGGAAAAUAACUUUCUGAGGAGUGCAUGGAAAUGUCUAAAUCAGUAUCUGCUGAUGGAAUUUAACCAAAUGAAUUUUCUGGAGGCUUUAGCCAACUCUCUUGGCCUUUUCCCCUUUAAUAGAAAGAGCCUGUGCACUGUUUGCAACAAAAGGCAAAGUGAUAAGCAUUUUUUUAAAUUGCUGCUGUUUGCAUGCAAACCUGUAGAGAUACUUGAAUGUUUAUGACUCACUUCAUGUUAUAUAUUUUUACAAUAUGUUUCCUUGGCAAUGUUUGUAUUUUCUCAAAUCAACUAGCGAAUUCGUAUCUGUGUUUCAGAAUGUGGAGGGCUGGAAUCUGUGAAACAGCGGGCUCGGCUCUCCCACGGUGAGUCAGACUCCCUGAGAGUUUAGCAGGAGCUUCUAAGAGGGAGGGACGCCUUGCAGGAGGCAAGUCUGGGCUUGAAUCUUGAGUCUGAUGCUUCAUAGUUAGGGAGAUCUUUCCAAGAUUCCAUCUUCUAUGAAAUAAAAACAGUCUCAUCAUGUGAAAAACACCAGGAAGAAUUCAUCAAUGCAGCUGACCAGUUGGGUCAGCAGGAAUUUCACAAAAUCCUCAAUUCCAUGCCUCUUAAAGACAUAGCCCUUUUUGGAGGAGGGGAAAAAAAAGAAAAGGCUAAAAAAAGAGAGUCCCAAUGGCAAUUUUUUAAACCAUUAAAUCAGCUUUGAAGAUUUGAUUACAGUUUUCAAGGCUCAAAUGCAAAAAUAAAAUAUUGAACAACUAACCCCAUUACGAGGCAAUUCAUACUGUCUGUAUGCAAGCCUAAAUGUUAGAUGUAAGAUUGAUAAAAGCAAUAUUGUUUAUUACUAGACUCAGAAAUUGCCCUAGCUCAGGGCAAGUUGCCCUGGAAUGCCAAUGCCAAUGCCAAUGCCGAUGCCAGAUGAGUGCUAUUAGUAUAUCUGCCUUAGCAGUUGAUCAUUUGGAUAUCCAGGUGAAUGAUUAGGACCUAAUAAAUACUCUGGUGGAGGGACCUUUCAUACCUUCUCAUUUUCAUCUUGGUGAGGGGAAACAGGUAAUUUGAUAGAAGCUAUAGUCUUAUGUAAAACAAGAUGUGAAUGCUAAUAGUUAUGUUCAUAGUUUGCUUGAAUGUCAUAUCAAACAGGGUACCCAAAGGAUGAUUCCAGCCUGCUAACCACUGAUAAUGCAAUUUUGUAGUAUGUGCUCUACAGUUUUCAUACAUGUGUAGGCUGUAUAAUUUCAUAAUAAUAAUUAUCAUAAAUGCCUUAUUUAUAACUCACUUAGACAAUAAAUUAUUUAGUUGUUAGUUUUUUCCUUUUCUCUUAGUUUAUUUUUUUAAUGAAAAUGAAACCACAAAGUAGUUUGAUUACGCCACUUCUCUUUGUAAUAAAGUUUCACAUAUUUUAA